AAAAUUAUGAAUCAUAAUUAAAAAACAUGUGGUUACAACUGCGUGUGGAUAUAUUUACAAUAACCCGAGAAUAUAUCUCAUAGUGUAUACAGAAUUUACCCACACGAAGCGUAUGCAUAGAAAUAAAACCAUUUGAACGUGGCGGUGUGUGUGAGGCUGAAAACUCCGGACUCUUUGGGUCUCAGUUUCUCGGCACAGCUUCAGUAGCCGCACGUCGGGUCCACAGCCCGGCCGUAGCGAGCUGAAAUCCUCGGAUCUCUCGAGAAUGUUAAUCGCCAAAAAAGUGACUAAAAAAAUUCAAAAAUUUGAUUUUUAGAUUUUUUCCUGUUCAGUAUAAAUCCGCGGAGCACUUUCGUUACCUCAUCCGGUUGUCUGUGGUGAAAUCAGCUGUGGAAAUCACUCGCACUUCAUGCAACGACGGUUUUUUAAUUGCGGAAGUGAAGUUCUUUCUGAAUAUCCCAGUGACUAUUUGUGAUCCGUGACAAUGGCCGCUUGCCACCCCCGACCACCUCCCCCGUCUCUGCAGCAUCUUCAGAUGCAGGACAACAACCAGAGUCAUCAUCAGAGUUCAAUCCAGCAGACCAUCCACUCGAACUACCCCCCGCACCUCCUCAAUUGGGUCUAUCUAGCGAUUACCGAUCAGAAUACACCUCCACAUAACGAUCAGAGUAAACUCUUGCCGACCGUGUGGGGUAAUUUUCCAACUGCGAACAGCCAUCACCAGUCCUACCUCCAAAAAGGCUCCCUAUCUCCUGGAUCGGUACCAAUUGGUGGCAGUUUGGUUGACAGCAUUGGAGAUCUCGCUGAGCACUUUAACGAGCUCGGUCUGUUGGAUCGCAAGCCAACGAAGAGGCCGCCGUCGACGUAUUUGUGUCACUUGUGCUUCAAGAAAGGCCACUACAUCAGAGAUUGUCCACAGGCUAGACCGAAGGGCGAGGGACUGACCCCGUACCAGGGUAAGAAACGCUGCUUCGGAGAGUACAAGUGCUCGAAAUGCAAACGCAAGUGGAUGUCGGGAAACAGUUGGGCUAACAUGGGACAGGAGUGCAUCAAGUGCCAUAUCAACGUUUAUCCCCACAAGCAGGUGAGUCUGGGGCCAUCGGCAUCAUUAUCAACAUCCCCGCCUCACUCGUUCAACUCCUCUUUGCGUUACCGGCCUCUAGAGAAACCGGACGGCUUGGACGUCUCUGACCAGAGUAAAGUACACCCCCAGCAUCUCUGCGAAAAAUGCAGGACACUGGGGUACUACUGCAGGCGCGAGCAGUAGCUGAAUUCAAUUCAACUCGCGGUGCCAAAAAGCUUCGACAAAAUUAAAAAAUCCUCUUUUCGAUGAGGAAUACGACCGUACGAUGCUGUAGCUUUCAUAUCGUUAGUCCCACCUUUCGCUAAAAACGGGAGGCGGGAAAGAAUUAAUUUUUAGGGAGAGAGAGGUUUUCUGGAUUAAGAUGAAAUUUAUAGUAAAAUAAUUUUGCAUCGUCCAUUUUGAAAUGAGAGAGAUCUUUUGCUUUUCACGUUUGUUGCUCCAACUGGUUUUUCUAUUUAAAGCACUCAUCUAUGUUUAGAGAAAACGUGGCAAACGUUGCGACCGGAACGUUUGCAAUAUACCCGACUGCUAUUUAAGUACAUUAACAUCGAGGAGUUCGAAUAUUAUUAAAUUCAAUGAAAUAAUUGUGCCUUACUGGGUCACUUCACAUGAAGUUUAUCACAGCAUAACCACCACCAAAAUUGUGAAGACAAUAAAUCUGCUCCGAUUCUUGGGCGCGUUUUACGUAAAAAAAUUGGUGAAUUAAAUUCAAAUGUAUGGCCAUUCUUGCCAAAAAUAUUACAUGAUUUUUAAUAUACGGAUUUUUUUAUUGCUAUUACAUAUUUAUCAGGACAUGACAAACUUCAUGUGAAUUGCAUAAAAAUUAAAACCAGGCUGAGCCAACGCCAAAAAACAAUAUUUACUUAAAAAAUUUCCAUUUAAAUUUUUCGGGCAUAUUUUCUAUGUAUAAACUCUGGUCUUGCCCAUAGAUAUAUAUUGUCACUCACAUAAUUUGUAUAAAUUUCGCAUGAGAUAUUUUUUCACCCGAGCAAGAUAAAAAAGGAAAAGGGAAGCCUGUCGAGUGGAAUUUUACACAUGCCAUCUGAUUGAAAAAUAUUCAUCAUUCAAGGGUGGAAAAACAAAUUAUCUAACAAAAUAAUUUUUGAUGUAUUAUAUAUUAUAAUAUAUAUAUAUAUAUAU